UGUGCUAGCUUUAGAAUCCACAAGCACCUUACCUCUCCCUCUCUCCACAACUUUUGUGUUUCUCUUGUUCCAAGGAGGCAGGAAAUGGCUCGCACUAACAUUGCUCUUGUUUUGACAAUUCUCUUCUUUGUCCUGAUGCCUGAGUGGGAGAUCUUUGGCGGACCACAGUUCAUGGUUGAAGCUGGCCACAUAAACUGCGGAGCUAGGUGUGGUUACAGAUGCAGCAAGUCGUCUCGGCAGAAGAUGUGCAUAAGGGCGUGCAAUACGUGCUGCCAAAGGUGCCAUUGCGUGCCUCCGGGGACUUCUGGGAACUAUGAAAAAUGCCCUUGCUAUUGGCAUAUGAAGACUCAUGGUGGUAGACGCAAGUGUCCUUAAAAAGAUACAAUGUAAUGUCACAAUAACAAAAUAAAAAAUAAAUUAAAUGUUAUAUUAAAGUGUUGAGAGGUCCUAGAGAAACAUCAAACAUAAGUUUGUGUUCUCGGUCCUCCUUUACUGUGUGCUUAUCAAUUUAUACAAUCAUGUGUAUGCUCAGUCGUGUUUACUAGAGCUAAUUGAAUGGUAUUAUGGUAUGUGUGAUUUCAGUGCAUACUUUUCAGAUGUUC